CUCACUUCGCCAGCGCCGCCCGCCCGCCGCGACUGCUUUCAUCGUGAGUCCGCGCGUGCUCCAGCUCCAUGGCACUCCUCGUGCGGCUGCUGACCCUCGCUCUGGCACUGUCUCUGGGCCCCGCCGGAACCCUGGCGGGCCCCUCCAAGUCACCCUACCAGCUGGUGCUGCAGCAUAGCCGGCUCCGGGGCCGCCAGCACGGUCCCAAUGUAUGCGCUGUGCAGAAGGUCAUCGGCACUAACAAGAAGUACUUCACCAACUGCAAGCAGUGGUACCAGAGAAAGAUCUGCGGCAAGUCGACAGUCAUCAGCUAUGAGUGCUGUCCUGGAUAUGAAAAGGUCCCAGGAGAGAAAGGCUGCCCAGCAGCUCUUCCACUCUCAAAUCUGUACGAGACCAUGGGCGUCGUGGGAUCGACCACUACUCAACUGUACACAGACCGCACCGAAAAGCUGAGGCCUGAGAUGGAGGGACCCGGCAGCUUCACCAUCUUCGCCCCUAGCAACGAGGCCUGGGCUGCCUUGCCUGCGGAAGUGCUGGACUCCCUGGUGAGCAACGUCAACAUUGAACUGCUCAAUGCGCUCCGCUACCACAUGGUGGACAGACGGGUCCUGACCGAUGAGCUCAAGCAUGGCAUGUCUCUCACCUCUAUGUACCAGAAUUCCAACAUCCAGAUCCAUCACUAUCCCAACGGGAUUGUCACUGUUAACUGUGCCCGGCUGCUGAAGGCCGACCACCAUGCGACCAAUGGCGUGGUACAUCUCAUUGAUAAGGUCAUUUCCACCGUUACCAACAACAUCCAGCAGAUCAUUGAGAUCGAGGACACCUUUGAGACACUUCGGGCCGCCGUGGCUGCCUCAGGACUCAAUACCGUGCUGGAGGGUGAUGGCCAGUUCACACUCUUGGCUCCAACCAAUGAGGCCUUUGAGAAGAUUCCUGCUGAGACCUUGAACCGGAUCCUGGGUGACCCGGAGGCCUUGAGAGACCUUCUAAACAACCAUAUCCUGAAGUCAGCCAUGUGUGCUGAGGCCAUCGUUGCUGGAAUGUCCAUGGAGACCCUGGAGGGUACCACGCUGGAGGUGGGCUGCAGUGGGGACAUGCUCACCAUCAACGGGAAGGCGGUCAUCUCUAACAAAGACAUCCUGGCCACCAACGGUGUCAUUCAUUUUAUUGAUGAGCUGCUUAUCCCAGAUUCAGCCAAGACACUGCUUGAGCUGGCUGCGGAAUCUGAUGUCUCCACUGCUGUUGACCUCCUCAGACAAGCUGGCCUCAGCUCGCAUCUCUCUGGAAAAGAACAGUUGACCUUCCUGGCCCCUCUGAAUUCUGUGUUCAAAGAUGGUGUCCCUCGAAUCGAUGCCCAAAUGAAGACUUUGCUUCUGAACCACAUGGUCAAAGAACAGUUGGCCUCCAAGAAUUUGUACUCUGGACAGACACUGGACACGCUGGGUGGCAAAAAACUGAGAGUCUUUGUUUAUCGAAAUAGCCUGUGCAUUGAAAACAGCUGCAUUGCUGCUCAUGACAAGAAGGGACGGUAUGGGACCCUGUUCACCAUGGACCGGAUGCUGACACCCCCAAUGGGGACUGUUAUGGAUGUCCUAAAGGGGGACAAUCGUUUUAGCAUGCUGGUGGCCGCUAUCCAGUCUGCAGGACUGAUGGAGACCCUCAACCGGGAAGGGGUCUAUACUGUGUUUGCUCCCACAAAUGAAGCCUUCCAAGCCAUGCCUCCAGAAGAACUGAACAAACUCUUGGCAAACGCCAAGGAACUUACCAACAUCUUGAAGUAUCACAUUGGUGAUGAAAUCCUGGUUAGCGGAGGCAUUGGGGCUCUGGUGCGGCUGAAGUCUCUCCAAGGGGACAAACUGGAAGUCAGCUCGAAAAACAACGCAGUGAGUGUCAAUAAGGAACCUGUUGCCGAAACCGACAUCAUGGCCACAAAUGGUGUGGUCUAUGCCAUCAACACUGUUCUGCAGCCGCCAGCCAACCGACCACAAGAACGAGGAGAUGAGCUGGCGGACUCUGCCCUGGAAAUCUUCAAACAGGCAUCAGCAUAUUCCAGGGCUGCCCAGAGGUCUGUGCGACUUGCCCCUGUCUAUCAGCGGUUACUGGAGAGGAUGAAGCAUUAGCAGGAAGGACCAGGGAAGAGCGCCCUGCAGCAGCUUCCUGCCAGUUUCUCUCAGUUUGCCAGAGAGACCAUUGAAUGUUUUUGAAAUCAAAUAUCACACUUCAACAUACAUGGGCUGCACCAUAUUGAGAUCUGAGCCUUGGACGGGUAGGGAAAGGGUUAAGGGGAGAAAGGUUCUUUUUAGCUUUUGAUCCCUCCAAAUGUGGCUGUUAACCCACUGAGUACACAGAUCUGGCCGUCAUAAACUGACUUCCAGAAAGGACCUCUCCAAAGCAUGGAAUUCCCCGACUUUUCAAGGGCCCUGAAAAAGGGAGCUACGGCAUGUUGGAGGUUACAAAUGUGAAUCAAGCAGUCCGGCAUUCUGGAAAGCUCUGGCACGGUUCUGUAAAGCUCUGGUACCGCUGGAGAAAUGGCAUCACUAUAAGCUACGAGUUGAACUGUCUCUGUCAAAUAUGUCUUGUAUCCACACAUGGUUUGGAUGCUUCUAUAUGACCCUGCCCAGGGAGAAAGGAAAGGGUAUGAAGAACAUGUAGAAUCCAGAUUCCCCGAGUGUGCUGGAGCCAAGGUGCAUUUGUAAUAAUAAAACCAAAGAAACAAA